AUGACACAGUCCUUUGAUAUUGUGGAUAUCCUUUCAAAGCUCAAGCUAGAGGAAAAACUUUCUUUACUAUCACUUAAAGACUUCUGGCACACAGUGAACAUCGAGAGACUAGGAAUUCCAUCGAUUAGACUAAGCGAUGGACCUAAUGGUGUAAGAGGAACCAAAUGGUUUCUUGCCACACCUACCGCCUGCUUUAGCUCUGGAACUGCAAUGGCAUCAUCGUUCAAUCAAGAUCUACUAUACGAAAUCGGUGCUCUCAUGGCACUGGAAGCCAAACAUAAGGGUGUUUCUUUAAUCUUAGGACCAACUUCUAACAUUAAUCGAGGACCGUUGGGCGGUCGCGGUUUUGAAAGUUUUAGUGAAGAUCCAUAUUUAUCAGGAGUCAUGGCAACAUCUAUUAUCAACGGCAUUCAAAGUUUGGGAAUAGGAGCAUGCAUCAAGCACUUUAUUUGCAAUGACCUUGAGCACGAAAGGAACUCAAUUGAUGUUAUGGUGUCAGAAAGAGCUUUGAGGGAAAUUUAUCUGUUCCCUUUUCAGAUGGCUCUUCAAGGUUCUAAACCUGUCUCAGUAAUGAGCUCAUACAACAAAGUCAAUGGUGAGCAUGUAUCUCAGUCCAAAAAAUUCCUUACUCGGAUACUUAGGGAAGAAUGGAAUUUUGAGGGAGCUGUUAUUUCAGACUGGUUUGGAACAUACACUGCUAAGGAGUCCAUCAAAGCUGGACUAGAUAUUGAAUGUCCUGGACCGCCCACUAUCAGAAACAAACAGACAAUGUUGAGAAUGAUCCACUCUGGAGAACUGUCUAUGAAGGAUAUCGAUGAUCGAGUUAGAAACGUUCUAAAACUGAUCCAAUAUUCCAUGAAAAGCGGAAUUCAUGAAAACGCACCCGAAGAUUCAAAAAAUAAUGUCUCUUCAACAUCUUCUCUUCUUAGAAAGCUUGCUUCAGAAUCAAUUGUGCUACUCAAGAACGAGAAUUCUUUUCUACCUUUCAAUAGGUCAGACAAAUUAGCUAUUAUCGGCCCCAAUGCAAAACACUCACGAGCUUUUGGUGGAGGUUCCGCAGCUAUGAAACCAUACUACACUAUUGGAGUAUAUGAGGGGAUUUCAUCAAAACUUGGAAAAGAUAUAGAUCAUGCUACAGGAUGUCGAAUUGAUAAGCAACUAGAUGAUUUGGGUGGGAACUCGAAGUUUGUAAAAUGUCUAAUCUACAGGGAGCCCCCAAGUGUCAAAUCACGAAAACCAAUAGAAGAAGCAGACAUUGACUCUACAAGGCUGAUAUUUUUUGGAUACAAACAUGAGUUGUUGGAAUCUAAUAUCUUCUAUGUUACAAUUCAUGGUGAAUUUGUGGCUGAGGAAGCUGGUGAUUAUGUGUUCAAAUCUAGUUGCCUUGGAACUUCAAUGCUAUACAUUAAUGGUGAGGUACUAAUAGAUGACAGGUCAAAUCAAAAAUUAAGCUCAGGGACAUUAGGUGCGAGCUCUGUUGGAGGGGAGCAAGUCCUCAGUCUUCAAAAAGGGGAGUCUUUACAGUACACUAUUGAGUUUAGCUCCUCACCAACUUUCACGCUAGAAACUGACGAUUUAGUAGGCUUGAAUGGCGGAGGACUCCUAAAUGUUACUGUGCAAUGCCAAAGAAGUGACCGGGAAUUGAUGUGUGAGGCUGUGGAAGCAGCUAAAAAGGCAGAUAAAGUUAUCCUUUGUUUGGGAACAUCGGCCGAGUGGGAAUCAGAAGGAUUUGAUCGACAUUCAAUGAGCUUACCAGGAGCCCAAGAAGAGUUACUAUCUAUGAUUUUAGAGGUCAACACAAAUGUUGUUGUCGUUAACCUUUCUGGUAUGCCAGUGUCAAUGAAUUGGGUCUCAAAAGUACCUGCUCUUAUUCAAGGAUGGAUAAAUGGAUCUGAAAGUGGAAAUGCAAUUGCUGAUGUUCUUUUUGGAGAUGUUAAUCCCUCAGGAAAGCUUAGUAUGACAUUUCCCAAGAAAUGCGAAGACAACCCAACUUUCAUUAAUUUCUCCUCCAACAAUGGAAUGGUUCUUUAUGGUGAGGAUAUUUUUGUGGGUUAUCGUUAUUAUGAGAAGAAGGGAAUAGAACCCCAAUUUCCUUUUGGGUUUGGGUUAUCCUAUACGACCUUUGAAAUUACCAAUUUGCAAGUUUCUACUCUAGAUGGCCAUUUAGUUGCGACAGUCAGGGUGCAAAAUACAGGAUUUAAAAGUGGAAAAGAAGUGGUCCAACUGUAUGUAGCCCACUCAGACUCCAGGGUAUCUCGUGCACCAAAAGAGCUCAAGGGGUUUACCAAAGUUGAGCUGAAUCCAAACGAAAGUAAACUGUGUCGUAUUGAAAUUUCGUUGAAGCUGGCAUGCUCUUAUUACAAUAUAAGGAGCAAGUCGUGGACAAUAGAGCCUGGACAGUACAAUGUAUUUGUUGGCAACUCGUCCAACUCAUCUUCUUAUCAAACAGCAAGGUUUACUGUGAGCGAGGAAACAAACUGGAUAGGACUUUAA